AUGGAUUUCUCAAAUGUUGGGAUGGGUGCUUUUGAUGAAUCGUCUGCACAGGCGCGGUUUCAAUCGAAAGCACGUGGGAUGGACUACGCACAAGCCCCAAUAGAUCAGCAUCGGUGCUUUGUGUCCGGGAUGUGUUACCAUAGCGAUGGUGGACAUGAUGAUAAAGGACAUAGAGAGUUGAGCUACCAGCCGAACGGAAUUGGGGAUGGUGGGACGAUUAAGACCUCACCGGGGCCACUGAUCUCUGCUCCCACCCCUACAAGUGGGGGCUUUGGUGAACUUAUCGAUCCUCAAGGUGGCUUUGCGUCGGUGCCUGCUAAUGUCUUACCUCCAACACCGAAGAGAGAAAAAUACUCUACCGGCACUUCGGAAAGUCACUCAUCAGCGGUUGGUGGCCAGAUGACGUUCCAGGAGUUGACUGCAAUUCGCUCAGAACCGAUGGAUUAUGCACCAGAGGGACAGUCUUCUCAAGUAUGA